AUGCCAAUUCCUCCCGGUAAAAAGCAAGUGGAAGACCUGGUAAUCGGGGGGACAUAUGGAUACGCAAAUCCUGAGUAUGUGUAUACAUGCGUUCUUACUGAGAAGUCCGAUGUUUAUGGUUUUGGCAUGAUUCUUCUUGAGCUUUUGACUGGGGAAAUAGCAUAUGACAAUAAACAUGGUAAAAAUCGUGAACUUUUAAAUAAUUGCGUGGAAGACUAUGUAGACAAUGACCAGUUCAAUGAACUUGUUGAUCCUAGAAUUCUGGAAGGAGGAACCGUGCAAGAGCAACAAUUUCAAACUGUAAUAGCACUUGCCUUGGGAUGCACUGAUUGA